GCAACUCCUUAUAAUCAGGUUUUUCUUUGCUCUAUCGUAUCACUAUCUGGCUUACAGAGGCUUCAGAUAUUCAAUUUUGUCAAAUUUCAUUGUUUUUCAAUUGUUUUGUUCUGUUAAGAUACCAUUUCAGCAGCAAUGCCAGGCGCAGACAGAAGACCAAGGACCUUGUAUGACAAGGUCUUCGAAGACCACAUCGUAAACGAGCAAGAUGAUGGCACAAUUCUGCUAUAUAUUGACCGCCAUUUGGUUCACGAAGUCACAUCUCCACAAGCCUUCGAGGGAUUAACAAACGCUGGACGCAAAGUCCGUCGACCAGAUUGCACUCUGUCUACUGUUGACCACAACAUUCCCACGACCUCGAGGAAAACGUUCAAGAAUGCCGAGACCUUCGUUAAAGAGACAGAUUCACGCCUUCAAGUCAUGACCUUGGAAGAGAAUGUAAAGAAAUUCGGUUUGACAUACUUUGGUAUGGAUGACGACCGCCAGGGUAUCGUGCAUAUCAUUGGACCCGAACAAGGAUUUACCCUUCCCGGCACAACCGUCGUCUGCGGUGACAGUCACACUUCAACUCACGGCGCCUUCGGUGCUUUGGCAUUCGGUAUCGGUACCAGCGAGGUUGAGCAUGUGCUCGCUACACAAACACUUUUGACCAAACGUAGCAAAAACAUGCGCAUCCAGGUCGAUGGAGAGCUUUAUCCUGGAGUCAGCAGCAAGGACGUUGUCCUUCACAUCAUUGGAGUCAUCGGUACCGCCGGUGGUACUGGAUGUGUCAUUGAAUUCUGUGGAUCAGUCAUUCGUGGCUUGAGCAUGGAGGCUCGUAUGUCCAUCUGCAACAUGUCCAUCGAGGCUGGUGCUCGUGCCGGUAUGGUGGCCCCUGAUGAGAUCACUUUCGAAUAUCUCAAAGGUCGCCCUCUAGCACCCAAAUACGGAUCCGCUGAAUGGAAAAAGGCCGUCAACUACUGGACUAGCCUCCGGUCCGACGAGGGUGCCAAGUACGACUCGGAAGUCUUCAUUGACGCCAAGGACAUCAUUCCCACAGUAUCUUGGGGAACUUCACCACAAGACGUUUUACCAAUCACUGCAUCCGUCCCUUCUCCAGACGAUUUCAAGGAUGAAGUACGCAAGCUCAGCUGCAAGCGUGCGCUUGAGUAUAUGGGUCUUACUCCUGGAACACCUCUGAAGGAAGUCCCAGUUGACAAGGUCUUCAUUGGCUCGUGCACUAAUGCUCGUAUUGAGGAUUUGAGAGCUGCUGCUAAAGUUGUCGAGGGACGCAAGGUUGCGUCAAACAUCAAGAGUGCCAUGAUUGUGCCCGGUUCUGGACUUGUUAAGAAGCAAGCUGAGGCUGAGGGUCUUGACAAGGUUUUCAUUGAUGCCGGUUUUGACUGGCGUGAAGCCGGUUGCUCAAUGUGCUUGGGCAUGAACCCAGACAUUCUAUCUCCACGUGAACGAUGUGCCAGCACAUCAAAUCGUAACUUUGAGGGACGACAGGGUGCUCAUGGCCGAACUCACUUGAUGUCACCUACAAUGGCUGCUGCUGCUGCGAUUGUUGGCAAACUUGCCGAUGUGCGAGACUUGGUCCAGCCCAGUAUUUCCAGCCAAAAGUCCGCUGCUCCAGUCACCAUCCAGCCCGAAAUUGAGGACAUGGAUACCGAGAGCGACCUCGAGCGCAUUCUUGACAUUCCUGAAGACAAUGAGCCUCACGCAAACACUUCAGGUACUGGCUCUAGCGCUGGUCUGCCUAAAUUCACAGUCUUGAAGGGUAUCGCUGCCCCCAUGGACCGUGCAAAUAUCGACACCGAUGCUAUUAUUCCCAAGCAGUUCUUGAAGACGAUCAAGCGAACAGGUCUCGGAAGCGCACUUUUCUAUGAAUGGCGCUUCAACACCGAGACUGGCGAUGAGUUGCCAGAGUUCGUACUCAACAAGGAACCUUAUAGAAAUUCCAAGAUCCUUGUUGUGACAGGUCCAAACUUCGGUUGCGGCAGCUCUCGUGAACACGCACCCUGGGCUCUGUUGGAUUUCGGAAUCAAAUGCAUUAUCGCCCCUUCAUUCGCGGAUAUCUUCUUCAACAAUACAUUCAAAAACGGCAUGUUGCCCAUCCCUAUCACCGACGAAGCUGCUCUACAGAAGAUUGCCGCUGAGGCUCGUGCCGGCAAGGAAGUCGAAGUUGACCUUCCUAAUCAGGUCAUUCGCGAUGCCAAUGGCAAUGAACUAGCUCACUUCGACGUUGAUGCUUUCCGCAAGCACUGCUUGAUCAACGGUCUUGAUGACAUUGGUCUUACUCUUCAGAUGGAAGAUAAGAUUCGCGACUUCGAAAGGAAACGAACCAUCGACACUCCCUGGUUGGACGGAACUGGCUACCUCAAGCGUGAUCGUCGCGGCCCUAGAAAAGUGGAAGCUGCUCCGGUUCCCAAGACGAAUCGUGGUGAUGUCAAGACGGAACCACUCGAGUGGUAAAAAAUUUACGAUAUUUUUGUUCUCGCACCGUAUUACUAUGGUUUGUUGAUUCUCAAAUUUGGGUUGCGGGGUUGUUGUAUACAUGAAAACCACAAACUGGUUCAGCACUUUUAUAAUUAUGUCUUAUGAUUAUCGGCUAAAUUACGAUCUAACCUUAUGUGCCUGUUGCACGUAGAAUGCUGUCUUAUGAUAAUUAACAUAAUAUUGACGAGUCUUCCGUUG